UUUUUUUCUUUUCUCUGUCUUUGCAUUAGAUGGACCCUUGUGAUGGAGCUCAUUCUUCCAGACAUUGAUGAUAUCCUUGGUUUCAUCCAUGAGUAAUCAUCUAUCAUCAUGGCUGAAGUUGAAUCAACCCCACCUACAGAGAAUACAUCCUCUGGUAUAGAUGGACCACCCAUAUCAGAUCCUGGACCACCCACAUCAGAUCCUGGACCAGACCUAGUCAAUGAUGAAGCAGAUUCUAGAUCUACCGAAGAGCCACAGAAUGAUGAUGCAGUCCAAGAGAAUUGCAUUGCUGAAAACACAAAUGAAAGUGAGGUGAAGAACUAUCUACAGGACAACAAAGAGGAUGAGAUGACAAUGGACAUGGGAGCAGAGGAUUCCCUUGGUUUCAAUGAAAUAAGCAAUGAGGAAGGUGAGGAAGGCGAGGAAGGGGAGGAAGGGGAUGCAGAGGAAUCAUCAGGAACCGUCCGAGAAGUCACCUGUAGCAAGUGCUCCAAUAAGUUCACUGAUCUGCAGACAUAUAUGGAACAUAGCUGCAUCAUGACAACCUGUGAGACUAGCUUGGCUGAAGAUGAUGACAGACUCUUGUCUGUGAGCGGUAAUGAAAGUGAACUCAGUGAUGCAGAGAACUUUCAAGGAGAGAUUGUCUACCAGCUUGAUGGCUCAGCGUACCUCGUUGAUAGCAAUGAGCGAUCAGAGAAGGAGGGAAACUCCCUUGCUACAGUUGAGAGUACUCAGACUGAUAUGAGUAAUAUGUUUAAUGAGCAUGGUAAUAUGAGCGUACUGCCAGGCAUUGUGAACGCUUUACACAUACCAGGAUACAUGACCAUGGGUAGUGUAUCUAGCUAUGGUCCAGGGAUGUCAGGUCCGUAUGGAACACCUAUUGUACACAGCUUCAAGGUUUAUGAUGUCAGAAAUAAGGCUGAAAGUGAAGACAACAUCGAUUCUGAGAAAGAGAACAAGCAUAGCUUUGGAGGUGCAUCUGCUGGAAAGCCAAUCCUUAUGUGUUUCCUUUGUAAACUCUCAUUCGGUUUUGCCAAAUCAUUUAUGACGCAUGCAACUCAUGAACACAAAAUGACUUUGAAUGAGAAAGAGAAACAGAUCAUGGCUAACAAAGAUCAGUCAGCCAUCAUUCAAGGUUUGGGAAAAGAGAAAGAGCCACUCCUAUCUUUCCUGGAACCUAAGGUCAAACAGCAGCAGCAACAACAAGCAGCCCACAGUAUAGCCAACCUGAGACUCCAACCUCCCGGUGGUCUUGGGCAGUCUGUGUACUCAAGUGCCAAUUCCAAUGUAAGCUACAUGUAUCCUGUCUCAGUCGCCAUCAGUACUACACCAAACACCACCACUACCAUCUCAACUACCUCAGAGGAUGCCUGCACACGCUUGGACACCACCAGUUUAACUACUGAUAUGCAAUAUGCAGCAGGAUUGCUCCAGAACAGUACUGCUGUGAAUGAAGAAAGGCAGGACACCGAUGAAACAUCCAAAGGUGCAGAGGGCUCUCAGGUGUCUCAUCGUCCAUACUCCACAGACUCCCACUCUACUGAAAUAGAUGCUGCCAAGGCAAACCUGCGACAAGAGCUGAAUGAUCGUAGAAUGUCUGCUACCGAUGAAGUGGAUCCAUCUAAGAAAUCACCCAACCAUGUCCAAUAUAAAGAGGCUGAACACAUGGAAAACACAUCAGGAUCUCCAUCCAACAACAACAACAUCAAGGAGGCCUACGGUGAAGGUGAACAGGCUUCCUCAAGCAUGGAAGAUGAAGAUGAUAUCCCUCACAAUCAUGAUCCAUCCGUCACUGGCUGUGUGGAGUGUCCUAAAUGUGAUAUGGUGCUCGGUUCAUCACGUUCUCUCGGAGGCCACAUGACCAUGAUGCACUCGCGGAAUUCAUGCAAGACUCUGAAAUGUCCCAAGUGUAAUUGGCACUACAAAUACCAGCAGACGUUAGAGGCUCACAUGAAGGAGAAACACCCAGAGAGUGAAUCCAAGUGUGUAUACUGUGAGUCUAGCCAACCCCAUCCCAGGCUGUCCAGGGGAGAAUCCUACACCUGUGGCUACAAACCCUACCGUUGUGAAAUAUGUAAUUAUUCCACAACAACCAAGGGUAAUCUGAGCAUCCAUAUGCAGUCUGACAAGCAUCUGAACAACAUGCAGGAGUUACAGAAUGGUAGUGAUCACAUCUUCAUGCAUCAUAAGAUGAAUGAUCUAGCCCAGGCUGCCAAACCCAAGCAUAAGCAGACAUGGAGGUGUGAUGUAUGCGACUAUGAGACAAACGUUGCAAGGAAUCUUCGCAUCCACAUGACCAGUGAGAAGCAUAUUCACAACAUGAUGGCCAUCCAGCAGAACGUGUCUCAGAUGCAACGAGAGAUGCAGAACAACGUUGGUGGUGGUGGGAUGCCUACUGAGGAAUCCAUGUACAUGAUGCUUGGACAGAAUUCCAUGCUGCCUGUGAUGCAUGGUCAGGAACCAAGUAUGAUGGAUAUGCAAUCAUUCAUGGCUCAGUAUCAGUAUGAUCCAGUAGCUUAUAGUUCAUGGAUGAACAACAUGGCUAUGGGUAUGAAUGUCCAGGAAGCUGCUGCUGCUGCUCCUCAUCCAAACACACCAGAUGAUCCAGCCAAGAAUGAGCCUCUUACUCUCUACCAGUGCUCUAUCUGUAACAACUUCAACACAGAGAGCCAGGAUGAUUUGCAUAUCCAUGUGCACAGAGAUCGUAGUGAACCCAACAUGGCUCUAUGGAGAGCUAUCAUUGGUGAUAUGCAGCAGUGUAUGCUGUGUAACUAUUCCACCCAAGUCAAGGCCAACUUCCAGCUUCAUCUCAAAACAGACAAGCAUCAGCAGAAACUCCAGCUGUUCAACCACAUUAGAGAAGGAGGCAAGCAGAAUGAAUGGAGACUCAAGUACAUGAAUGUUGGUAACCCAGUCCAAGUGAGAUGCAAUGCUUGUGACUUCUACACUCACAGCAUAGACAAACUACGUGCUCAUUCCCACCCUAACAACUAUCGACACGAGACCAGUCUCAAGCUCUUCAGACACAUGCAGAGCAUCAACAUUACCAUGAACUUUGAGACGCGUCGCUUCCACUGUCCUCUAUGCAGCUUUUAUACCCGGACCAAGUUCAACUUGAUGCAGCACAUCCAAUCAGUACAGCAUCUCAAGAAUGAAGCUAAGCUAGCCAAGCAAGAUGACCAGAACACAGAAGCUGAAGGAACACAACCAUCAGGAGAUGGGGCUUUAGAUCUCUCUAAAAAAGAAAGACCACCAUCUGCAGAGUCUAUGCCCGAGGACCAACCUAGCAAUUCCAGUAUUCUUAACAGCAGUGAGCAACCAGAAAACUUGAGCAAACCAGGAACUCCCUCCAGUGCAAGUGGAAAAGCUGAUAUCAGGGGUCACACCACUACACAAAUAUUCUCCUGUCCGUAUUGUAAAUACAGCUGUGUGGACCAACAACGAAUCACUGCCCAUGUGAUAUCCCAGCAUAGUUUGAAACCUGCCUCUGUUCUUCGCUGUCCACUCUGCCAAGAGAUCUGCACCAACCGUAUCAACUUGGAAGUUCAUCUCAUGGACUCCCACAGCGUAUCCAGAGACUGCAUCCAACGGCUGGUCAUGUCAGUGGAGACAUCAGAAAAUGUGCCAACAUUCCAUGGAGCUCCACCUGCCAAUGCUGUUGCUACUGCAACUCAACCAAGUGAAGCUGCAUCAAAAACAGAAUCAAGGCCACCAUCUUCUCAAGGGGCAGAAUCAGCUGAAGUCAGAGCCUCUCCUCGUCCAUCUUCUCAUCAAUCUUCAUCAACAGUUGGUGAAGCUGAUGGAGUAGACCUUUAUAGGUGCCAAAAUUGCCAUAAGAAUUUCUCCAAUAUUGACCUACUCUACAGUCAUCAAAGUGAAUUCUGUCCUUUGAAAGAACAGGACACACCCAAUGGCCCAGGUUUCUUGUGUUGGAAGAAAGGCUGCAAUCAGUAUUUCAAGACUGCGUCUGGUUUGCAAGUCCAUUUCAAGGAAAUUCAUGUUAAACGACAUCAGCUUCCAGGUAUCAAGCCUGAGGUGUCCAGUGCAGAGGCAAACCCUGGACAGGUCAACCUCAAGUGUGUGGUAUGUCAGAAAGUCUUCCGUUCUAUGUCAAACCUACAGAGUCACUUGGAGACAACCCACCCAGAUCUAAAUCAAGCAGAUGUCUUGCAGAUGCUCACCUCCAUGCCAAAUGGUGAUAUUGCUGGACUGCUCCACAAUGGACCAAAUGACCAAGCACCAGAAAUGGACCAACAAAAUUUAUUCAAAGUUGAGGAUCCAUUCUCAGGCUGUAAUGGAACAGAUGGAACAGACUGGGAUGGAGAUAUGGACGAUAUGGAGAUGGAUGGACCUAAACCUGAAGAAGGUAGCUUCAUGGAUCCUUUCAAGAAGUACAAGUGUCAGAGAUGUAGAGUAGGCUUCUCCAAGCAAAGUGAACUGAGCAGCCACAACAAAACCGUUUUUCAUCGCAAAGGAGAUAGGGCAGCUCAAACGUUUUCCAUGGACAAGUACAUGGACCCUAAUAGGCCAUACAAAUGUGAUGUCUGUCGAGAAUCUUUUACUCAAAAGAGCAUUCUUCUUGUCCACUACAACUCGGUAUCUCAUCUCCACAAGUUGAAACUGAGUUUGAAUGAGCCUAUAGAGCCAGAGAUUCCUAAUGAUCAUGGAGACAACAAGCCCUUCAAAUGUAGUCUAUGUAAGGUAGCUUACAGUCAACAGUCAACCCUUGACACUCACAUGAGAUCUGUGUUGCAUCAAAGCAGAGCUGCCAAACAGGAGACUUCCAGUAGUACUACAGACAAGGAUGAAGGAGAACAAUUGGUUCUUGGUGUUGGUGGAACCAUCCUCCCAACAUCAUCACCAAGUCAUGUCCAACAGCAACAACAGCAGAAGCAGAAACAUCAGCAACAGAAACCACACCAACCACAACCUCCUAAGUCUCCUGCAGCUAGUACUGAGGUACCUUCACAGCAUCAACAGCAACAACAGUUGUUACAAGCUCAGCAGGCCCAUCUACAGGCUCAACAUGCUUACUAUCAACAGUUUCAGUUCCAGCAAGCAUUACAACUGCAACAACUUCAUCAAGCUCAGUUACAACAACAGAUUGCUGCUCAGCUGUCUGGUGUUCCUGGUCAAAGUACUGACCCAAAUGUGGCUGCAUUGCUCUCUCAAGAUGCUCUAUCAAUGAUGCUGAUGCAGAGCUUCUCUCCUUCCGCUGCCAUGAUGUAUCCUGCCCAGAUACCACUCUCACCCAGUAUGUAUUCAUGUGCUUUAUGUGGCUCAGUGCUGCCAAGUCACGAAGCACUUGCUCAGCAUCAGCAGACCUGUCCAAAAGCCCCAUCAUCCAGUACCAGUACAGCAACAACCCCUACUGCUGAGAAGCUUUCCACAGCAUGUACCUCAGUCACACCAGCCACUACCACUGUCACAACAAGUGUUGUUGCAAAGCCUCUUGAAGCACCCAAUGCUAGGAGGAUCAGAACGUCAGCAAUUCAGCGCAAGUUGCUUGAAAGCUAUGGUUUUGAUCUUGUUCAGCAAUUUAAUGAAUCUGCAAUGGGACUGCCAUCAAGCAUAGCAUAUGAGGACAAGUUCUUCUGCGAAGGAUGCAAAAAGGAGUUCUCUAGUGUCUGGGUGUAUAAGGCUCAUAUGGAAGAGAUUCACAAAAAGUUGUUGCCAAAUGAUGUGAUUGAGAAGUACACACAGUUGUUUAAAGAUGAACUAAAUGACGAAGACGAUGAAGAGGAUGAUGAGCUGUCAAGGACUGAGGAGGAAACUAGCCAGCAGCAAGAAGAAAAACUAUAUCCUGCCAAGCUGGAUCAAAAGAUCAAAUCAGAGAAAGAAGAUCCAAAAGAAACCCUUGUGAAUGGACAUGUAAUGAAUUCAGGUGAUCACAUGUUAACGGCUCAAGAUCAAUCAGCCUCUGAGGUUAUGCCUCCACCACCACCACCACCUCCUCAAGUGUUUCCUGUUAGCCCAUAUCAACUAGCCAUGAUGCAAGCCAUGCAGCCUGCUAGUUCAAAUGGUACAGGGACUCAACCCACUGCUACUCAACCAUUUUCUGGUUCUGCUGUACCUGGUGUCCAACACAUGCAUAACCUUUCUCAGCAGCCUAAUCUCAGCCCAGCAGGUAUGCAGCAAUUACCACCCUACUUGGAUCCUAACUACCUACAGCAGAAGUCCCCCAAACGAGCUCGUACAAGAAUCACUGAUGAUCAGCUAAAAAUCCUGAGGGCAUACUUUGACAUUAACAAUUCUCCAUCAGAAGAAGCGAUUGCUGAGAUGUCUCAAAAGUCUUGUCUGCCACAUAAAGUCAUCAAGCACUGGUUCAGAAACACUCUGUUCAAAGAGAGGCAAAGGAAUAAAGACUCACCAUAUAACUUCAACAACCCUCCAACAACUUCACUGCUGGACAUUGAGAGACCUAAGAAGAGGGAAAGUAGCGAGGUGCUGACUGGUGGAUCGUUAGAGAAAAGAACUGCCAGAGAAAUGGAGAAGGAACAUUUGGAAAUGGAUCCAUUCAGAGCUUCUUCAAGCCCUAGUAUGAGAUUUUUAGCAGAACAGGCUAUGGUCAAACCAUACAAGCAAGAGAUUCCUCUUCCACUUCCACAGACCCCACCACCUGGUGCUGCUGCAGCCGCUGCAGCAGCAGCAGCAGCAGCACAAGCUAUGGCCACACUACCUCCAGCCACCGCUAUGAAAGAACCCAAGCCUAUGAGUCCUAUUGUUUCAGUCAUGCCAGAACCAUCUUUGCCCAAAUUGGAAACAUCUGAGAUGGAAACUACUGCAGAGGAGCUUAAAGAUAAAAGUCCAGAUACAGCUCCAGAGGAGCAUCCAGAAUUACACCAUGAUACAGUCAUGGAGGAAGUCAAGGAUAUGAAUGAGGAAAGUAUCAAUAAAGCGGCUGAAGACUCAAAGAGGAAUAUGAUGAUGAUGAUGCAUAAUGAGGAUUUGCUUACUGAUAAACACCUGAGAAUCUCAAUGCCAAAUGCUGCUAUACCUCAUACUGUAACCUCAGCUCCUAACACUCCAACCUCAAGCAUUUCAGACAUGACAUCUCCACUGUCCUCUCCAAUCUCCCCCAUGGCCCCUCGGUGUGUUAUUUCCCCAACCAAUCAUUCUGGUAGCUCUGCUGGCUCUUGUGAUUCAAAAUCCAUGCGGCGAUCAGGGAGGACAAGGUUUACAGACUACCAGAUUAAAGUUCUACAGGAGUUUUUCGAAAGCAAUGCCUACCCUAAAGAUGAUGACCUCGACCACCUAUCUAGAAUGCUGAACCUCAGUCCAAGAGUUAUUGUGGUAUGGUUCCAGAAUGCAAGGCAAAAAGCAAGGAAGAUGUUUGAAAAUCAGGCUGCACCAGAAGGUAAUCCUGAUCCAGAUGGCUUGAGUGGAAGAUAUAAACGCACACCUGGUUUGAAUUACCAAUGCAACAAGUGCAUGUUGGUGUUUCAAAGAUUCUAUGAAUUGAUUAAGCACCAGAAACAACAUUGCUAUAAAUACAGCAGUCUGAGUACAACAAGCAGUGGGAGCUCUCAGCACAGUCCAACAAUUAUUCCUCCUAAUCUAAGUGCUGUGAGUCCUGAUCCAUUUACCAAGAUAUCACCAGAACCAACCACCCCAAAGCACACCCCUGAACCAACCCCACCAACACCUACCAGGACUAAGUCUGAACACAAGUCCCCGUCAUCUUCAUCGUCAUCUUCUAAGACAAGUCAAGGAGAGGGAGAGAAGCCAUCUAAAAGUGGACAUCAUUACAAGUGUGAGCAGUGCAAGGUGGCAUUUCCACAGUUGGAACAAUGGAGAGAACAUCAGCAAGUUCAUUUGAUGGGGAUGCAGAUCAUGAAUAGCUACAUGCCACAGCAGGUCCCUUACAACAUGAUGUACAUGCCCUAUGAUUUCAAUGGUCUCACCACUGAGCAAUACAUGAACUACUUAAACACCAACAGUGGAGCAGGUUCACCAACAAAGUCCAAGCACUCAGACACAAGUGAUGAAGCUGCUGGACAGUCGUCUGAUCAAAGUAGUUCUGAAUCGGAUCCUAAGAAAGACAAAAGGUUGCGUACCACCAUCUCACCAGCUCAACUUGACAUCCUGUAUGCCAAAUACCAAGAAGACAGCAAUCCAACCCGUAAGAUGCUUGAUGUCAUCUCCGAUGAAGUCGGUCUCAAGAAGCGAGUUGUUCAGGUCUGGUUCCAGAAUACCAGAGCCAGGGAACGCAAAGGUCUCUUUCGCCUUUCAGCCUUACAACCGUCCAUGAGAUGUCCCUUCUGUAAAGCUGCCUUCAAAGUGAAGUCUGCCCUCGAGGCUCAUAUAAAGGUGCGUCAUUUUGACAAGAUUCAGAACAGUGCCCAGGUAGACCACAUCAUUGCUCAGGCAUGUAGUCCAGAAACACUGCAUGCGCUGGAGAUGGAGGCUGGUAGAAGUAGUGCUGGCAGUGAUGACAGACAUAUUGAUAGCAGAGCCAGUGAUCCUUACUUGUACAGUGAUGACAGUCGACAGCUCACCUACUCAGAGGAUGGAGAUCGUGGCAGCCGGUUUGAGGAAUAUAGCCAAAGGGUUUCAAGAGACAGAAGUGAGGAGAGGAGAUUUGAUGAAAGAAAUGAAGUGAAGAGUUGGGAGGAGCGAAAUGAGAGAGAGAUGCAGUCACGGAUAUCUAGCCAUAAAGGUAGUGAGAGCGAUGGAGCUCUUGCACAGUCUGACAUAGUCUUGGACAAGUUACCGAAGGACUCAUAUCUGCUCUCUCCCACAAGCAGUAUCACAGGGGAAGACGCUAUAUCAGAAGCUGGCUCAAUGGAUCGCAGUGAGGAUUCUUACAGCAAUGCUGAUGACCUGGAAAGGGGGCUUAAAAGAUACAGAACUCAGAUGUCCGUACUCCAGUUGAAAAUCUUGAAGCACUGUUAUAACGACUACCGUACUCCCACCAUCCAUGAGUGUGAGCUCCUAGGGCAAGAAAUAGGGCUUCCAAGGCGGGUCGUCCAAGUUUGGUUCCAGAAUUGUCGAGCAAAGGACAAGAAGGGCAAAAGUAUCGUCACCAAGCAUUUUGGAAUGAUAGGAGCAACUGGAGAUGGCCAUGAAUGUAAAAUCUGUAAGAAGAAAUACUCCAGCUCAAUGUCGGUACGUGACCACGUCUUUACUGAAUCACAUGUAAGACAUGUAAAGCUUCAUGUUAGUAAAGAACUUGAGAAGUAUGAGACUGAAGAAUCCAAUCUCUUCUUGCCCAAACUUGAACCAGGAAAGAGUAGCCAGUCAGCAGCACCCAGUUCAUCUUCAAGCCAGCCAUUGAGUAGUCCUUCCCCUGCUUCCGUUGCUGCUUCUCUGAACCUGAGUCCUGUAGCUGCUGCUCAGAUGCAGGCUCUUCAGGCCAUGCAAGCUCAGAUGUUGAAUCCUCAGCUACCAGCAUCUCAUUACCAGCAUGUAGCAGCUUCAGCAGGUGCCCCUCCUCCUCAUUCACAGUCAGCUCCAGGAUCAUCAUCCAGUAAGAGUGGUAAAGACUCGAGACCUUCUUCUGUCAAGUCCUCUAUCAAGUCUGAAGCAGGAGAAUCUCAACCUUCCUCCAGCCAGGCCAAUGUACCCACCUCAGCCGCGGCUGCUGCAGCUGCAGCUCAGAUGGGAGUCAAUCCUAAUGAUGCUGCCUUGAUGUCAUACCUCUACGGUGGAAUGUCUCCUUACUAUUCCCAGGUACCUAUGAUGUAUCCUGUCUACCCGGUCGGUCUGGAGAUGCUUUAUGCUCAGGAACACGCUGCUGCUACAGCUGCCAUCCCGCCUCAUAUACUACAGGCCUAUGCUUCCAACCCCCUCGCUGCAGCACAGUUACAUGGCCUGAUGGGAAAAACCCCUGAAGAGCAACAGCAGCAACUCAAGCAGCUACAACAACAACAACAACAGCAGCAACAGCAGCAACAACAGCAGCAGCAGCAACAAACCCAGCCAACACCAACAUCGUCAUCCUCCUCACAUCAUCACCACCAUCACCACCACCACAAGUCCAAACAUGGUGACAAACACAAAGAGAAGGAUUAUAUUCUACAGCCUAAUUCCUCCACAAAUCGUUACCUUUGUAAGAAAUGUGAACGUGUCUUUACAGACGUUGACUUGGUGACCUCUCAUCAGGUCACCAAGUGCUACAUGGGUAAAGUGGUCAACGUGGAGGAAACCGUUGAGAAGCUACCGUCCAACCGAUUCUUGUGCCAACUGUGUCCCCGCGAGGCGCUCUUCACGGCUGAAGACGUCAAGACGCAUAUCAAGACCCCCACACAUCAACACAAACUCGUUAGAAAGCUAGAAAAGAAAGAAAAACGGCAUCAAAAACAUCUCAAUGCACACCCCCACUCCAAGAGUUAGACUGUUCAAACUUUCUUUCAUUCAUGAAAAGUUUUAAGAUGUAACAAAAAUACAUGAAAACUCAGAUGAAAUAUGACCAAUAAUCUUCCUUUUUAUUUUGAUUGAUGUAUUUUUAAAAACAUUUGAGGGUGCUUGCCUUCGGUUACCUGUUUGUCUGUCAGAUGAAUAUAGACAAGACUUGAUCUGCAUUGCUGAAGAUUGUAUGUGCUAUCUGUUUGGAUUGGACAGAUGAAAAGUCAAACUAUGUGUGCCAAAAAUGAAAAGAGGUUUCAGAAGUAUUGUAAAAAUAGUGAACUGGUUGAAAGAUGGCAGGCAAGGACUAGUUUAAUGAUCUAGGAUAGAAAAGAUUGACUUGCCAGCCAAGGCUUGUUAUUACAUAGAGCAUCUACCUCUAGUAUAUCAGUAGGAAUGCGAUUAAAAAAUGCCAAAAUAUAUGUAGGGUUGCUUGUGAUGAAGAGAAUGCCAAAUGAAGAGCCCAAGACUUUAUUCUCUUAGUGGAGAGAGAAAGAAAGAAAGAAGAAUAUGCCAAGAUUUAUCACUGCUAAUGUUUUAAGAGGUAUUCCAUAAAGCUUGAACAACAAUGGCUGAAUGAAUGUUUAUGUGUUGUAAAGUAGAUGAGAUACCAGCCAUUCAAUUUGGAUAUAAUUAGUACUGCGGGUAGUUGUUAUAGAGUUUGUGGUUGUUUUUAAAUUGAUGAUGAAAUUAUAUAUAUAUCAGUAUUCCAAUUGAAAUUUUUUCAAUGUUAAGAUUAUGAAAUGACCAAAUUAUUCACCAUGAAAUCUUUUUGUUUCCUUGUCUAGUGAGGCUGAGAGAUACAUAUAUUUUCAAGAGAAACGUUUUUUGUCCUUAGUCAAUGUGUAAGUUUAUUUUUUUUCUGUUUAAAAUACUUCUACUUAAAGGACAUCAGUUUUGCUCUUUUUAAUUUGAAUACCUCUUUGUGACCAACUACUGUAUUAUUGAAAUUGUAACAUUCAUUUACUUUUAUAACAAAUUGACUGGAAGCUUAUAUGACUAAUACGAUUAAUAUUUGAUUUAGUGAGACAUUGUGAGAAACACACAUUAACGGUUCUGUGGGGACCUGUGCAUGUUUGGUUUUAGGGUUGUGGGUAAAGUUUCACUUUAAUGAAUUAAAAAAUGAAUUUUAGCUCAAAUGUAUAAUGGUAUUCAGUGCUCUAAUCUUGGACAGUGAAUUAAUAGAACAAUAAACUGGGUUGUCAUCAUGGGCAUUUCGGUAUUGAUUAUUAUUUGUUCAUUUCAAUUUCUACAUUAUCUAAAUAACAUUGCCAAAUUUUUCUCUUUGAGUGAUGGGAGAGUCUGUUUAGUGUACAAAAAUUUAUUACAAAGUUUUAAUGAAAACCUCAUUAUGAAUGACUGUCUCUUGUAUACUUGUGAAUAUUGAGAAAAAAGUGUAUAAAAUGCUGCCUGAUUUUAGGCAAAACCUGUAAAUAUAAAGACUAAAACCAACCGAUAUGCACCAUGAAUAUAUGUUGUACACCUUGCUUACGUAGGCAGUAUAAUGAUUGUAUACAUUUAGAUAAAGAUAGACCAAGAUGAAAUACCUUAGUAUCUACUACGCACCGUAUAUAUGUAUGACUUUAUAUAGUAGUGUGCUUUUUCACCUUGGUUUAAGGCUAAUGCUAGUCUUCUAGAAGGUUCAUGUGCCGCUGCUGCAUAUUCUAGAUGUGGUCUAAUCGUGAAAUAAUAUUGAGAAAAAAAAACACUUGUUGUGGAUAGAAGACUAGCCUUUCAGAGAGUCUGUGUGUGUUCUGUAUAUCUGUAAUGUCAGCAAGUGACCUUGUCUUCAGUCUGUCUAUAUUAUCUGUGACCUCCAUAUUAGUAAGCUUCAAUGGGUAGAUUUGGCCUUUGAUAUAGGGGUGAUUGCGACCUUUGACAUAUGGUCAUGUGAUUUUGAUUAAUGUCACCAGAAAUGGUAUUAGAACGGAUGAGAGAAAGUCCUAUUUCAUAAAACUCAAUCUUGGUAAUUUGUGAUUUUUGGACCACUGUGACAUUUAUGUUAAAGAUGAUUUAUCUCAAUGGUUUGUGAAUCACUGAAGCUAGAGGCUGACAAUUUAAAGUAAAAAGGAUAUAAGAGCUUCAAGUUUGCAUCAUGAUUUCAGAGAUAUAUUAAACCAAACUGCUUAAGACGUGGGUCUUACUUAGAUGGAGCUCUUUAAAGUGAUACUGAUUAGUUGGUUUUUUAUUAAGGUAAAAAUGUGACUUGAUAUUUCUUUGAGUGAACUCGGUGAAGACUCUGCUGUUUUAGAACCCAUUUUGAAGUGUGGGUUUCCAUGUGCGGAAAUAAAUAACUUUGAAAUAUACUGAAAUGGACAAAUUCAUGUCACAAAAUUUGUUGAUAUUAUAUAGAGAUGUUGAUGCAAGGAAUUAUUUAGAUUUUAGCUGAUCGGUGUAAACGCAUGAUAUAUAAUGCAUAGGAGAUGAAAUGAAGUAUUACACAGAUUAUUUUUGUGUGUAAAUUGUAGAUUUUUGUACUACAUGUAUGUUAGUCAUUGUAUUUAUCAUUCAUUGUAUGAAGAUACUUUUCCCUAGUUGCUGCGUGUAUUUACAUAUCAUAUAUAUUUACAUCAUUUGAAUUUACCUUGUAUAACGGUGCUUAAAUGUGUUUUUUAAUUGACUUGCUUAUCAUGUUGUUAAAUGCAAAAAUGGGCCAAAAUAGAAAUAAAAGUAAAUAAGACAUAGACAUGUUAGACAGACAUGCACAAGUUUUGACUAUCACCUCUGUGUUUUACGCAGCACCUUUUUUUAAAAUGCUAUUAUAUUGGAUUUUUGUUGUCGCAUUUAUACGUACUACUAACUGAUUAUUAUGUUUGUAUUCCUGACUAUUUUUUGUAUUGUAGAGAGUAAAGCACUAGGCAUUUAAUGCCCCAGUUAGUAUGCUUACAAAGCAGUUUUGUAUAGUUCAUAUGUUUUGUAGAUAGAAAGAAACGAGGCUUUUUUUUCUCUCAUUUUGGUUUCCAUAUAUUAUUUCUUGCUUUGAUUGUUGUAGAAGGAUAUCAAACUAUGGAUAGUCAUGAUAAUGUGAUACCUCAUAUAAUAUUCCUAAAGUACUCUAACUAAUUGGACAUCAAAAGGAUAUAUGUAGAAAGCCAGCGUUGGUAGGAGAGUUAUAGGAUGUGAUUUGGGGUAACAGAUCUCCCAAGCAAACACCUUAUUUCUUCUGCUGCCUCUAUUCGGAGACUAAUUUGCUAUCCAACUUUUCAGUAGCUAAACAUAGAGACUUGGCGACCAAAUGCCUUUAUUUUUGCAAGAUUAUUUACAAAUUCUAGAAAGAGGAUCUGAAAAACAGAGCUAAUUGCCAAAACUUUGAGAAUGCAGAACCCCCACCCCUUCCCUUCCCAUUCCUUUCAUGUAACCAUCUUGUAAGCUUCAAUAUGUCUUGUGUUUUUGAAAAUUAAAAGUUGUACCAGCAGACAAUUGUAAUGGUUCUGUGUUUAGUAGUACCAGCGUUCUAAUGAAGGAUUAUCUGGGUAGACUAUUACAAAUGUUUUUUGUCUGUAUGAGAGAGGGAGGGAGAGUGAGUGAGUGAGAGAGAGAGAGAAAAUGAGAAGUCUAAGGUCUUGAAAGAGGUUUAGCUUGUAAAUACAUGUAAUACUACUGGAUAUACAGGUAACUAUUAGCACUGCAUUGUCAUGUGAUAUUAGAACAAAGAAAGACCAUGUUGAUAAAGCUGCAUCAUCUACCCACUCGUUUUUGUAUGGGGGUUUACUGCAUGUAUCUGUAUUGAUAUUAUAACCGCUUGCUAAGAAUUAUGUCUAACGAAAAAAAAAUUAAAAUCUGCCAGCCAUGUGUUUACAUGAAAAAAUGA